CCGGGGCCGGGCAGGCCGCGAUGGCGACCAAGAAGGCGGGCUCGCGGCUGGAGACGGAGAUCGAGCGCUGCCGCUCCGAGUGCCAGUGGGAGCGGAUCCCCGAGCUCGUCAAGCAGCUGUCGGCCAAGCUCAUAGCCAAUGAUGACAUGGCAGAACUCCUCCUCGGGGAGUCGAAGCUGGAGCAGUACCUGAAAGAACACCCUCUGCGGCAGGGGGCCAGUCCCCGGGGCCCCAGGCCCCAGCUGACUGAGGUCCGUAAGCAUCUGACCGCUGCCCUGGACCGAGGGAACCUCAAGUCAGAAUUCCUACAAGAAUCCAAUCUGAUCAUGGCCAAGUUGAAUUAUGUGGAAGGAGAUUAUAAAGAAGCUCUCAACAUCUAUGCCCGGGUGGGCCUCGAUGACCUGCCGCUGACAGCCGUCCCUCCCUGCCGGCUGCGGAUGAUCGCGGAAGCCUAUGCCACCAAAGGACUGUGUUUAGAGAAAUUGCCUAUUUCCUCUUCUACCAGUAAUCUCCACAUGGACCGGGAACAGGACGUCAUCACUUGUUAUGAGAAAGCGGGGGACAUCGCACUGCUGUACCUCCAGGAGAUAGAAAGGGUAAUACUUACUAAUAUUCAAAACAGAAGCCCUAAGCCUGGCCCUGCUCCCCACGAUCAAGAACUAGGUUUUUUCCUAGAAACAGGACUUCAGAGAGCCCAUGUCCUCUAUUUCAAAAAUGGGAACUUGACAAGAGGAGUCGGGAGGUUUAGAGAGAUUCUCAGAGCUGUUGAAACAAGAACAACUCAAAACCUGCGAAUGACAAUAGCCAGGCAGUUGGCGGAGAUCUUGCUGCGGGGUAUGUGUGAGCAGAGCUACUGGAACCCUCUGGAGGACCCACCGUGCCAGUCACCUCUGGAUGAUCCUCUUCGGAAAGGAGCAAACACCAAAACCUACACCCUCACUCGGAGAGCCCGCGUCUACUCAGGAGAGAACAUUUUUUGUCCUCAAGAAAAUACUGAAGAGGCCCUGUUGUUAUUGCUGAUUAGUGAAUCAAUGGCCAAUCGCGACGCUGUGCUGAGCAGGAUCCCUGAGCACAAGAGCGACCGUCUCAUCAGUCUGCAGAGCGCGUCUGUGGUCUACGAUUUGCUGACCAUUGCUCUGGGAAGAAGAGGCCAGUAUGAGAUGCUCUCGGAGUGCCUAGAAAGAGCCAUGAAGUUUGCCUUUGAGGAGUUCCACCUCUGGUACCAGUUUGCCCUGUCGCUGAUGGCUGCUGGAAAAUCUGCCCGCGCCGUGAAGGUGUUGAAAGAAUGUAUCCGUCUGAAGCCGGAUGAUGCCACCAUCCCUCUUCUCGCCGCGAAGCUGUGCAUGAGCUCCCUUCACUGGUUGGAGGAGGCCGAAAAGUUUGCCAAAACUGUCGUCGAUGUGGGAGAGAAAACAUCCGAGUUCAAGGCCAAAGGCUACUUAGCUCUGGGGCUCACGUACAGCCUGCAGGCCACUGAUGCUUCUUUGCGAGGGAUGCAGGAGGUCCUGCAGAGAAAGGCGCUUCUUGCAUUUCAGAGGGCCCACAGCCUGUCACCGACAGAUCACCAAGCAGCUUUCUACCUGGCUCUGCAGCUUGCCAUCUCCAGACAGAUUCCGGAGGCUCUGGGGUACGUCCGCCAAGCUCUUCAACUUCAAGGUGACGACGCCAACUCGCUGCACCUCCUCGCCCUCUUAUUGUCAGCACAAAAGCAUUACCAUGAUGCGCUGAACAUCAUUGAUAUGGCCCUGAGUGAAUAUCCAGAAAAUUUUAUACUACUGUUUUCCAAAGUGAAGCUGGAAUCCCUCUGCCGGGGCCCGGAUGAGGCGCUCCUCACUUGUAAGCACAUGCUGCAAAUAUGGAAAUCCUGCUACAACCUGACCAACCCCAGUGAUUCUGGACGUGGGAGCAGCCUCUUAGAUAGAACCAUUGCUGACAGACGACAGCUUAAUACAAUUACUUUGCCAGACUUCAGCGAUCCCGAGACAGGCAACUCUCCAGAAGUAUACUUUCAUGGUUUUCCCUCCCUUUUUUCAGUUAGCUCCAUCCACGCCACGUCGGUAGCGGCCUCAAGGGUGGAGCAGGCCCUAUCGGAAGUGGCCUCGUCUCUGCAGAGCAGCGCCCCCAAGCAGGGCCCCCUGCACCCCUGGAUGACGCUGGCACAGAUCUGGCUCCAUGCAGCUGAAGUCUACAUUGGCAUUGGGAAGCCUGCAGAAGCCACAGCAUGUACCCAAGAAGCUGCCAACCUCUUCCCCAUGUCCCACAACGUCCUGUACAUGCGUGGCCAGGUUGCCGAGCUCCGCGGAAACAUCGACGAGGCCCGGCGGUGGUAUGAAGAGGCCUUAUCCAUCAGCCCCACCCAUGUGAAGAGCAUGCAGCGACUGGCGCUGAUCCUUCACCAGCUGGGCCGCUACAGCCUGGCAGAGAAGAUCCUCCGGGAUGCUGUCCAGGUGAACUCGACAGCCCACGAGGUCUGGAACGGGCUGGGAGAGGUCCUCCAGGCUCAGGGCAACGAUGCGGCAGCCACCGAGUGCUUCCUGACGGCCUUGGAGCUGGAGGCCAGCAGCCCGGCCGUGCCCUUCACCAUCAUCCCCCGGGUGCUCUGAGCUGGCACCCGCCAGUCCCCCUCUCAGGCCUUGGAGAGCCCGCCUGGAACGCCAGGGACCACCCAGCCAGCCUGAGGGGAUGAGCCUGCGGAGCCUCGAGGCCAGGGACGAGUGUCCGAUGACCACAGUGAACCAACCAAAUCAACCCCGAAUCAUCGCGCUCUCCACGUGCGUUUUUGUUGUUUCGCCAGCCCAAUGAUAGUUGUCAAAUCUACUGACGUUGUUCAAAAGGGAUAAUGUGCCAUAUUUUGUUAGCCGACAUCUGAGUUUUAAGUAAAAUUAUUAUGGAUUUAAUCAGCAAAUGUAGAAGAAUAUAUUCAAAGUUAAAAUUCAGUGGCAGAACAGAUUAUUUUUAUCAGAGCUGUAAAGAAAACUGUUCUCUCCUCCCCACCACUCCUGCCCCACCAUUAGCCCAGAAACCAAAUGUGAAUUUUCUGUUUUCCACCUCAGUACUAGUCCAAACCAGGACACCAGCUGACGAUUUCUUGGUUUUGUUGUCAAUAAUUGUACUAUGUGAGAUAAAUUACUGUCCUCACUUAGAGCAAAGCCUAAGUCUGAGAAUAUUUAUAUUUUACCAAUAUAUGCCUGUUACAAGAGAAGGAAAUAUGAGUUAUUUAAGUUUAACUUUUUUAUGUGAAUUCAGAGUUUAUUUAUCGAAGGAAAUAUGUACAAAGAAGCUUCAAAUGGAAUAUUUACCGACAUUCCUUAUACAUGACAGACACUUGGCUAAAUGGGAAGAUGAUGUUAAUAAUAAAAUGAUUUUUAAAUGGA